AUGGCUACACAGCUCAAAUCUGGUAUCACAGUCACCGAUAAACCAUUAUUCUCAAGAGAAAGAGGUCUCGAGGAACCCUCGGCAUCAAGUAGCAGACAUGAUGACCCUAGGUACCCGAGUGUACAUGACGAUGAAGCCCCACAAUCAGCAUUCACGAUAAUUGAACCACCAGCACAACAAUCCUCAGUAACAACUCAUAUCCUUGAGCCAGUUCCAGAUGACCAAUUCCCAGAUGGAGGACUCCGCUCUUGGAGUGUUAUCGCAGGGUCAUUCUUUCUGCUCAUGAGUACUUACGGAUUAAUGAACUCAACCGGUGUUCUCCAAAGUUAUUUCGUCACGCACCAAUUAUCGAAUUACUCCACCAGUGUCGUGGGUUGGAUCCCUGGUCUAUUCCUUUUCUUUGGUCUAGGAUUAAGUGCGCAGGUUGGUUCAAUGUUCGAUAGGUACGGACCGACGGGCAUUCUUAUCGCAGGUACAAUCUGUUAUGUUGCUGGACUCUUGAUCCUAGCAGAGUGUCGAUUGUAUUGGCAUUUUCUGUUAACCAUGGGUGUCGUUACGGGUACAGGCGCUGCGCUGUUGAGUACUGUUGCUUUGGCUGCUGUGCCACAUUGGUUUAAUCAGAAAGUUGGCAUGGCGAUGGGUACUGCGAUGGCUGGAGCUGGGCUUGGUGGUGUGGCUUUUCCGUUGAUGCUUCGGUCGGCAUUUACUAGUAUUGGAUAUAAAUGGUCGAUUCGAUUGUUGGCGCUGAUUGUGGGUAUUCUGUGUGGAUUUGGGAUUUUGUUGGUGAGAUCUCGUCUGCCGAAGGGGAGAAGCAAGUCGACUAUCAAUUUGCGGGCGUUUAAGGAUGCGCGGUUUACUUGGUUGACUCUAGGGACUUUCAGAUCCAGUCUGUGCAAUUGGGAGCUAACUGGCAUUGCAGGCUUGGAAUUGGAGGUCUUCGCUGGCAUUGGUCUUUAUCCGACCUAUGUCGUGAUGCAGGGAUUCAGCACUUCUACCAGUGUGAUCCUGCUGGCUGUACUUAACGUCUUCUCAACGGUAGGCCGGCUCAUUGCUGGUAGGGUCGCCGAUAAAUAUGGUCGGAUCAACACACAAGCAGCACUCAUCACGCUCGGAGCUCUCGCUGUAUUCGUGAUCUGGCUACCCUUCGGUGGCACUUUAGUUGGUUUAUACAUGUUCAGCAUAGUCUUCGGACUAGCGUCGGGGUCAUUCCUAAGUCUGGCGCCCGCGUGUAUUGGACAGAUAUCCAAAGCGAGCGAGGUUGGGGGAAGAUUUGGCGCUUGUUACUCCAUUGUGAGCAUUGCUACCCUCAUUUGUAUCCCAAUCGGUGGUGAGAUGCUGCAGGCAGUUGGAUCAAGAGCAAUGGUCGCGUAUCUGGGUAGCGUGCUCAUAGUUGCACUGGGAAUGUUCGUGAUGGCUCGGUGGGCCUGUCUUAGCUACCGGUGGAGAUGGCAAGCAAAAAUCUAA